AGAGUUUUUUCUGCCCUCCUCCAAUCAAAGCCCGUGACCGCCUUUACUUACGCACGCUGUUUGUUUUUGGAAAGUGCGUCCAUCUGCCCACAACAUGUUCAGCUGGGCCAAGUCAACACUAGCCGCGGUUGCCGGCACCCAAGAGCCCGAAUACGGCCCCGAUGCCAUCCAGCCCGUGGGCAAGAAGGGUGGUGAGCCCGCCUACACCGAGCUGGCCAAGAAGGACCUCAAGUGGGUGACGCUCGACUACACCAACGUCGAGACGCAGACCUUCUACCUCUUCACCGAUGCCGGGCACAAGGGCUUCCUGCAGGUCAUCUACAACAACAUUGCCGGUCUACGAGUAACCGUGCAGUUCAACUGCAAGCUCUUCUACCCCAACAACGAGAAGCCUUUCCUCUGGGCAAGUGACCCCGUCUCAAACUACGGAUUCGACGAGGACCAACAUUCCUUCUACGCCGACGGCGUCUCCAUCGAGCUCUCGGAAGAUGGGAGUGCAUAUACUAUCAAGGCGGCGGUGAACGACAACAGCAUGGUCAACGUCAAGUUCACCAGGACUGCUCCCGGCUUCAUGGGUGGAAAGGACGGCACCACCAACUACGGCACCGACCCCAAGGCGCCGUGGGGCUCCAUGCACCACCACUUCUGGCCGCGCUGCAGCGUCGAGGGGUCCAUCAUCACCAAGGAGGGUGAGGUUGACGUCAAGGGCCGCGGCAUGUUGAGCCACGCCCUCCAGGGCAUGAAGCCCCACCACGCUGCUGCGAGGUGGAACUUUGUCAACUUCCAGUCGCCUUCAUACUCCGCCAUCCUGAUGGAGUUCACCACUCCCGCCUCCUACGCGUCGACUGUCGUCCGAGUCGCCGGAAUUGCCACUGACGGCAAGCUACUGUUCGCCAACACCGAAGGCGAUGUGAAACACACCGAGACCAAGCAAGACGAGACCGGCUGGCCGGAGCCCACCUCGGCAAGCUACCACUGGGUGGGAAAGACCGAAGAUGGCAAGGAAGUCACCGCAGACCUUGCCGGUGCUCUGGGAAAGAACAUUGACCGUGUUGAUGUCAUGGCCGAAGUGCCGGGCUUCAUCAAGACCAUCGUCGCAAGCGCAGCUGGUACAAAGCCAUACAUCUACCAGUAUGCGCCCAAGAUGACCAUCAAGGUCAAGGUCGGCGAUGAGGUCAAGGAAGAGGAGGGUACAUUGUUCACUGAAGCUACAUUCAUCUCGUAGAUAUGGUCUCAAAUUUGGAUAUAAGGAC